AUGUCUAGCCGAAAACAAACACGAUUCACAAACGAUGAUGAUACAGAAGAAGAUCCCGAGAAACAUGUUGGAUUCCAUGAUGCCGAUUUUGAUAAAUUAAGUGACAGGUUGUCAUUCAUGACCGGAUCAACUGGCAAGUCAUCCUUCAACAUGAACAAGUUUUUCAUUAACCCAGUAGAACAACGAGAAUUGAGUAUGGGACGAGCAAAACUGAAACGAUACGACGAGCGCAUUGCUACCGAGAUUGACAAGAUACAAGAAUUGAAACACCAAAUUACACAAGUCACUCGGGUGAUAGCUGACCACCAUGCUCAAAUAUCUUAUUUACAAGUGGAUGAAGAGGCUCUGAAAUUAGAGUUUAUCAAAGCAAAAUUGGAGUAUGAACUCGAGUGCAGAAAGAGACAAAUGCACGAAAAGGAAAUUAAACAUCUCCGCAAAAUUCGAGAAGCUAAAGAAAAUGAAUUCCUACGAAAAGGAUGGAGACUCCAGAAAGAACAAGCAGUUUUGCGUAAACACGAAUCGAAAACCACAGACAUUGUACAGCAAGUCAACCGAAUUCAAAACGAAGUGGAAGAUUUGGAAGAAGAUGUACAUCAUUACAAGAGUUUGGAUCGAAAAUUGAAAUCCACCAUUCAAAAUCAACUGUGA